GUGUAUUCAGCAUUCAUAUUUCAAGGACCACAGACUGCUAGAAGGCUUAAGGAUCAAUUAUCUGAUUUAUUAUUAAAGAAAGGAUAUUAUAAUAUAGAAGAGGCAAUUGGUGCCAAAUUUAAGAAGAAUAAUAAGAGAAUGAAGGAAUUCCAUCGUAAACGUAUACCAUUUAUAACAUAA